CUACCGAUCUUGUUGAAGACUUCAUCUUCAUCUCUGUCUCCGUCUUCCUCAGAGUGCGUGUAUCUAAGUACUACUCAGCUAUCAUGGACAGUCACAAAGCGAGCGUCAUUUUCACACUUCCUAAUAGGCUUAACUGAUAGCGAUUCAGACGGCGAGCAGUUAUUUCCCCUUCCUUCCAAGGAAAAGCAUACAAGCGCUAAAAGAAAAUCAAACGAUGAGAAAAAAGAGGAGUCCACCAAAAGAGCAAAGAAUUUCGAGUAUAAUUUUUCUGAUCCGACAGAAGAGAAAAAGCUCAUACCCCCAAUAAGCGCUUACCUAGGAAAAGGGAUUAACAUCAGCAUCAAGGAAUACAGAAAGUCCUAUUAUCUUGCUUUCCAAAAGAAUGUUGGAGAUGAAACAAAGAACAGAUUCAACAUGAAUCUUGACCAAUUGGGAGCUUUAAAAAAAGCUAUAAAUGUGUUUGCAGAACAUAUAAAGAAAAAUUGACAUUCACGAGUUAAAUGAAAAUUUUGUAAAAAAAUUGAACUAACUUGACAAUUUUCCCUAUAUUCAUCUUCUUAGAAUGUCGUUUAAUAGAAUAGAAUCAAGUUUUAGAGGUUAUAUUUCAGCUUACCGACACUCUCCGAUACACUCUGAUCCCUACAACUUAUAUAACGAAAUUCGAGAAAACAUUUUCUUACUCUUAUUAGAGCAAAACCUACCUUUCCGUCUUUUAAUAUGCAUAAGCAUUGAAUUUAUUAAAGAUACUCAUCCUGACAAUUUACUGCAAAACGCUUACUUCUGUUCAUUUGCUGAACGCAUAAUAUCAUAUAACCAAGUAAAAAGUAAAGUUAAAAGCUGUUUUCAGAAAAUAUUCAAUUCCAUUGAAACAUAUAUCCAAAACGGUAGUGGUUGGGUUAUUAAUAAAAUUAACUUUUUAGAUGUUAAUAUCGGACAGUACAGAGAACCGCGGGGAGGUUGCGGUAAUAUAAAAUUACCUGACUGUUUAAAAAAAAAAAGAACUCUUCUAAAUAUACGUUGCGAUGAUCACAAAUGCUUCAUAUAUAGUUGCUUAGCUCAUCUCUUUCCUCCUGAAAAAAAUUCUAAUGCUCCAAGCAGUUACCAAAAUAAACUAAAAUACUUAAAAUUGAAAAAUGUAACCUUCCCCAUGAAACUCUCUAACAUAAAGCAUUUUGAAAGUAUCAACAGCUUAAAGAUAAAUAUUUUUACUUAUGACAAAGAAGUUUUCCCCAUAUAUAUCAGUAAUAAAAAGUUGGGUUCGGAAAUAAAUUUACUUCUGUAUAAAGAGCAUUACUUCUUAAUUAAAAAUCUAAAUCGUUUAUUAAACUCCAAAAAAGGGAUUCAUCAUUAUUGCUCGCGAUGCCUGAUUGGAUUUCAGAGGCGAAAUAGUCUUGUAGAUCAUAAGCGAGUGUGUUGCCAAAAUGCCCCCCAAAAACUAUCCCCGCCUAAAAUAAACACUGUAAAAUUUACUAGCAUUUACAAAAUGUUGUUCCAUCCUUUUAUUUUGUAUGCGGAUUUUGAAUGCAUAACGAAAAAUAUAUCUACUGUUUUACCAAAUACAUCUCAGAGUUUUUCAGCCAACCUAGAGCAUCACGAACCAAUCAGUUUCGCAUUAAUAGCAAUUAAUAUAAAAAAUGAAAUAAUAUAUCACAAAUUCUAUUGCGGAGAAAAUCCAGUACAAAUAUUUUUAAAAACAAUAAAAAAAUUAGCAAAAUCUUUAUUUAAAAGACUAUCAUGCAAUAAACCAAUGAUCGAGGAAAAUAUACCAACGGGAAAGCCUAGCACAUGUUACAUAUGCAAGUUAAAAUUUGAACCGAGUGAUCGCAUUGUCAGAGAUCAUUGCCAUGUUUUAGGCAUAUUUAGAGGUUUCUGUCACAAUUCAUGCAAUUUAAAUUUAAAAAGAAGUAAUUUCAUUCCUGUAGUCAUUCACAACCUUAAGGGGUACGAUUCCCACUUAUUGUUAAAACAUAUGUCUCCAGAAUUCGCGCAUCAGAUUGAUAUAAUUCCGACGAAUAGUCAAAAAUUUACUAGUUUCACCCUCGAUAAUUACAUUAAAUUUAUUGAUUCGUACGCAUUUCUUGAUUCUUCCUUAUCUUCUCUUGUAGAAAUUUUGAAAAUUUCUGAACAUCGGUUUGACAUUUUUGAUUCUUUUUUCCAAAAUAAAACAAAUAGAAACUUACUCAAACAAAAAGGAUUUUUUCCUUAUAGCUAUUUUUCAUCAAAAGAUAUUUUAAAACAAAAGACAUUUCCACCUCACGAAGCCUUUUUUAACAUUUUGACGAAUUCGAACAUAACAAAAAAAGAAUACAAACACGCACUGAGGGUUUACCAAGAAUUUCAUUGUAAAAAUUUUCAAGAUUACCUUGAAUUGUAUCAAAAUACAGAUACAAUUCUUUUAGCUGAAGUAUUUCAAUCGUUUCGACAAACAAGCAUGAUGCACUAUCAUUUGGACCCUGCUCAUUUCCUAACUAUUGCUGAUUUAACGUGGCAUUCUGGUUUAAAAUUCACAGGUCAGGAAUUAAAAUUGUUAUCGAAUGUAGAAGACUAUGUCUUACUUGAGACUCAAAUGAGAGGUGGAAUUUGCUUUCUCGGUCAAAGAUAUGCCCAGGCAAAUAAUCCAUAUCUUUCUUGUUAUAACCCCGAUGAACCUACAAAUUAUAUUGUGAAUUUAGAUGUUAACAAUCUUUACGGACAUUGCAUGUCUGAAUAUCUACCUGUGGGGGAUUUUCGUUGGCUUUCACCUGAAGAAAUAGCUGUUUUUGAUUUAGCAAAUGUAUCUCGAUACUCAGAAACGGGAUAUUUAUUAGAGGUAGAUUUACUAUAUGAUAAAUCAGCUCAUGAUUUCCAUGAUUUUCCCUUAGCAGCAGAACACUUAAAUAUAAAUAAACAAAUGUUAUCAGAUUAUCAAAAAAAAAUAUUGUCUGAAAAAAAUAUUCCAUUCACCGAGUGUAAAAAGUUAACACCAAAUUUUUAUCCAAAGAAACGCUACAUUUUACACUACAGGAACUUAAAAUACUAUUUAAAGCAUGGGAUGUCUUUAAAAAAAAUUUAUCGGAUCUUGGCUUUUUCACAAUCAGACUGGUUGCGAAGCUAUAUAAAUUUUAAUAAUGAAAAACGCCAACAAGCCAAAAGCGAGUUUGAAAAAUCUUUCUUUAAAAAAAUGAAUAAUGCUUUUUUCGGCAAAACAUGCCAAAACGUCAGAAAAAGAAUUAACUUAAAGACUGCUCUUACACCCGCUGAAUGUAGAAAGCAUUUAGCAAGUCCUUUACUUGAAUACUUUGAGAGCAUAAACGAAGACUUCGCUGUCUUUAAGAUGAAAAAAAUUAAUCUAGUUCUCGACAAACCAAUUUAUGUAGGAUUUUGCGUGCUUGAGCUAGCUAAAUUACACAUGUAUACUUUAUAUUACUCUAAGUUCAAAAAAUAUUAUAAAGAAAAUUGCAAACUCUUAUACACAGAUACUGAUUCUCUAUUCAUGCAAAUAUUUACAAAUAAUGUUUACAAAGAUUUUAAAAACGAAUUUUUUGAUAUCAUGGAUCUAAGCAACUAUCCAUCUUCAAGUGAAUUUUUUAAUUCGGAGAACCAAAAUAAGUUAGGGUUUUUAAAAGACGAAACGAAAUCUAAACCUAUUUCAGAAUUUAUCGGUUUACGAUGCAAAAUGUACAGCUACAAAUGUGAAAAUACUGAAACGAAAAAGGCAAAAGGUGUAAAACAGAGUUGUUUAAGAAACAUAACACAUGAACAUUUUAAAACCUCUUUACUUAAUGAAACGAUUCAUCGUCACGAGCAAUAUUCUAUACAGUCAAAAUCACAUAUUCUUUCUACAACCAUAUCAAACAAAAUUUCUUUAUCUCCGUUUUACGAUAAAAUAUUUUUGAAUGAGGAUGGUGUGACCGGAAAAUGCUUUGGUCACUAUUCCUUGCUUGAAGAAUAAUGGUAAUAUAAUUUUCGUUUAUUUUUAUGUUCUUCAAAAAAAAAUUUUUUUUGAAAAACUAUUAAGCAUUCAAUAGCUACCUUCUGUUAAGGGGAAAAUUGUCUCUUAGUUCAAUUUUAUUUCACAUGCUUUGUAAGUGAAUCAAAUGUUUACUCAGAUCGACUGGUUGGACUGAGUUUUUUCAUGGUUUUCUCAGUCUAUAACGCAAAUGCGAACCAAUAUAAGAAGAUCUUCCAUGACAUAUUAUUAAUAAAUACCAAGAACAUUUUAUUUUUAAUGUAAUCAAUUUUUAUACUAUUUUUGCAUGUACAUAUAUAUAUGAUUCAAGUUGUUGUUUUUAUCUUAGUUAAUAUUGUAUUAAUUGUUUGCACUGUUUUUCGAAUGAAAUGGAAAUAAUUUGUAUUCAUAUCCUUUCUUUAUAUACAUUUCUUUCUUAUAUUCACAUGCUUUGUAAGUGAAUCAAAUGUUUACUCAGAUCGACUGGUUGGACUGAGUCUUUUCAUGGUUUUCUCAGUCUAUAACGCAAAUGCGAACCUAUAUAAGAUCUUCCAUGAGAUAUUAUUAAUAAAUUCCAAGAACAUUUUAUUUUUUAAUGUAAUCAAUUUUUAUACUAUUUUUGCAUGUAUAUAUAUAUAUGAUUCAAGUUGUUGUUUUGUCUUACUUAAUAAUGUAUUAAUUGUUUGCACUGCUUUUUCGAAUGAAAUGAAAAUAAUUUGUAUUCAUAUCCUU